GCAAAGAUGGCAAUUGUGGCUGCUACUCCAGUGCAUGUACAGGAUCUGUGAUCUCUGGGCAGCCUUAAAGGGUGACGAAGCAUAACGUCGUUCCUCUUUUAACUGGAAAUGAAGUAAAUGAAGUUGUUGCUGACAAGAUGGUGUUGAGAUACUUAAACUUGUUCAAGCUUGUUACAAUCUUUUCUGUUUAUGGCUUUACUGCGGCACCAGAAAAGCAACUGAUUUGUACAUCCGAUGACAUUGAUAUUUUAUAUAACUAUUGUGAUCCCAGGACUGAUACCUUCUUCUUUUCAGUGAAGCCAUGUUUGUUAAGGGGUCAAUCAGAAUGGCAGGGUACAAUUUUCUGGAUUCCAAAGGCUGAUUUGACGGUAGUAAAUGCACGCCUACGCUUGUGGAAUGGGCCUCUAAAAGCCCUUGAAUGGGAGAGUACGGUUUGUCAUGGUGUGGAUGAUGACUAUUCAUAUUGUGGAGCUCUAAAGGGAGAAACAAUCAACACAACUGUGAGAAUCAGAGGGUCUGGUUCAAGAUAUUUGAAGCUUUUAGAGGUGGGGGAAUACAUCGUUUCUCUUCAAGUAUUCUCAGGUCUCAAGGAGUUGAUGACUUGUGUGAAUUAUACAUUGAUCCUUAAGUAGUGACAACUUUGGUGAGGAGGUUUUGGUAAAUCACCUCACAGCACCUGAUCUAUUCUCUCUGAAACUGUGGAAUUGUGCAAUGGAUAUAAUGAGCUGAAAACAAAUGUGAUGAAGACAAAUGUUCAUUAUAAAUGAGGCAAUAUGAAGCUUUAGUAAGAUAUGUUGCUUUGACAAAGCUCCAAGUAAAGCAGUCUAUCAAAACUGCUUCACAAAACCAUGUUGUAGUCUUGCUUCUAAGAACGAAGGAAGUUGCUUUGUCGUCCUCGGUUUCAGAGCCCUUCUAGGCCACAAAGCUUGCACUGGGGAGGAGACUGAGGGAAGCCUGUGUACCAAGUGACUUUCUGGGCUAUCAUGAAGAACAAGUGGUGUUUUUUUCCUAAUACACUAAAAAAAGUAUUUUCAAUGGGCAACAGAAAGCACAAUGUUAACUUAGCCUCUGUGUUAAGCCAUCCAUGGUACAAGUCAUGGACGCAAAGAUACAGUCAUGGACGCAAAGUUGGAAUUAGAAAUGUAAGGAAAAUAAAGCUAUCAAGAUCAACUACCCUUCAGGGCUAUGUAUUAUG